AACUUCGCAAAGGACGUUUUUGAAGCGGCUGCGAACCGCAGGGGCUUCCAUGCGGCAGCCAGGGCGGUCCGCUUCAGAUGUGCGGGCUGGGGGGACAACUGAAGUGAUCAUUCAAGUUAGUCCGAGCGAAAGUAGGAGCCAUGGCUUGUGCCGCUGAGGAAGACCCGGGUGCCACUCUUUCCGGGUUCGCAAGAAUCCUCGCUGAUACGGAUGCCGGUGUAUUCGGUAGUGUACAAGAUGUCCUCGCAAUCUUCAAGGCCGCGGACGAGGAGUUCUGGAACCUUAACGAGCCCAGCAUUCGUGUCAGCCCCCUCUGCACGUACGACGCCGACACUCCGUGCUGGGCGGUCGCUCUUCAGCUAGCAUGGAACGAUUUGUUCAACCGUCGCGGCGUCGAGGUGAUCCAGCUGCAGAAAGGAACGCUUCACUUUCGGGCAUUAUACAUCGACCCGGAAGACUUGUGGGUGGAAGAUGACGUCAAGUUCCUCUGCCUGUACCUGUGGCUUUUGCGACAACAUCGCUGCAUCUCUGGCGUUGUCCUUUCCGUUCCCAUCGUGGCACCGAGGCAUGGGCCGCUGUUCUUGUCCCUGCUGAAGCUUACGGAUUUUGUGCAAAAGUGCGAAAUACACGGCAACGAUCUAUUCAGAGGACCUUCCCUCGCAGGGGCGAAGCCUUUUCUAACUGCGCUAGACAGUCUGUCUCGACUGAGAGAGCUGGGAUUGUCUACGGUGCACCUGAUCGAUGAUGACGUCUCCAUACUGGCCCGUCUCGUGGAAAGAAACCCGUUUCUCAUUGCCCUCAUUUUAAUCGACGUGGAAAUGAGCCCGCUAGCGUUCUCCGAGCUCGUCGGUAAAGUGGUUGAGCACAAGAAACUGCAGGAUUUUCGAGUCAAGACGACUGCUCAAGAACCCGAGUCUGUCUUCACCGAAGCACUAUCUCUAAUCGGCCGGUCGGAAACUAUAACGAGGCUGUACGUCCAUGUCGACCGCGGCUUGGUAAGCCUACUGCAGGGUCUCCUCGGCAAUUCAUCGCUGUAUGAGCUGACCCUGGAGCCGAUGAUUCAUGACACGCAAGUCCUGCGUGCGCUUGCGAAUUUCCUGGAGAACAAUGCUUCUUGUAAGCGCUUGAAGGCUUGUUUCAACACAAAAAAGUUUUUGGACUUGGCCAGCGCGCUCGACGACAUGCAACGAAUUGUGGGCGGAAGUUCGCUGGUCACCCUGGUGCUUUCGGGAUCGGUGCUCACGCCUCUACCGGCGAGUCGGCUCGCCGACGGGCUCGCAUUGAGCAGAACGCUCGGCGAGCUUCAUGUUGACGAGUGCGAGCUCACGCCCGUGGAAGGCCUGUCCUUCGUUACGGCCGUCAAAAGGUGCUUAGAAUACGGACAAUUUCAAGAACUCAACGUGGGAGCUCUGAGCGGUGCCCCGGACGAGCAGUUGCAGUUGUUCAGGCACAUCAUGGAUGCUGGUGUCUGCGACAAGGUCACGGUCGUCUUUAACGACUGCCUCGUGAUGCCUCUGUGCGAAGCACUGCGACGGAACUCCACGCUCGUCAACGUGUCCCUCUCGUACGAUGAAGAUAUAGAUCUUGAGCCUAUUCUGCUUGCCCUAAAGAACACGACGAGGUCUUUGGAACGUCUCUGCAUCAACACGCUCCAAACUGUCAGGAAACUGGGCGGCCAUUUCCUGGCUGACCUUAUCCGGAGAGCAAAAUCGCUCAAGGUUGUCCGACUGCGCUGCUGCAUCAUGCCGAGCGCGGCUGUCCUGAUUCUCAAGGCGUUGUCACGUUCCAGGAGCGUGGUUCUCCUGACCAUCGAACACUGGGACUGGACGGCGAGCGUCAGACAAGCGUUCGCCGACAUGCUUCAGCUAAACCGGAGCCUGAACCGGCUCGAAUUCUACUGGAGCGACAUCGAUGAUUACGAGAUUUUCAAGGGCUGUCUGAUCAACGCUCUCUCACUCAACCUGUCGGUGUCGGUUGUGAAGGUGUACCACGGCCCUGAACGGGACGAGGCGGCCGCUCACGACUGUGGUUUCUUACCGCAUGUCCAGAGGAACGAGAUGAUCCUCGCCUGGGCCACGGACGUCAUCCUCAGAGACGGCAUGUGUGCAGAGGCUGCCGCGGUCGUUGACCUGCUCCGCACUUGCGAGGCGCCUCUGGACCUGCUUCAGCGGAGCGCCGAUUUCUCGCCGCGUACGGCAAUGAAUCGCAUCCACGUUGCCCGCAUGGCGACGAGGACGCAGUUUUACGCCCUGUCUUCCGCGUUCCGCGGUCAGCGCACCUUCGUUUUGACGUCUCUCGGACAACAGCUUUUUCAGGACCUUCUUAUUUUCGUGCGCCACGACGUGUUGAAAGCUGUGGCAUUCAUAAAGCCACGUAGUAAGGCCACGAGUGCCCGUGACUGACUGGGAGAGAGGUAGUUAGUGCCCUUUCUUCUCUAGUAGACAGCGGCUCAGCUAGUUAUAGAACCAACCAUUCGCUGUCGUUUCCUCAUUUCUAAGCGGUGCAGUUCCGCGAACAAUUUUUAUUAUUUCUUACGCACCUCUUUCGCCUCGAAUUUUAGCUAGUUUUUAUGUGACAGCCAUCAUACAUAUCUUGGCUCAUUCCCACCGGUCUUGUGCCGCAAUCUUGGCUGCAAGUAAGGCGUUGUGAUGGUUAAUGCUCCUUUUUCUGUCCUUACACAGUGGUGUCGUACGUUCCUGCUAUAGAUAAUUAAUCUGAUUGCUAAAUGCUAUGAACGUUUUUCUAUACGCAUGAUGUGGUAACAUUACCACUGCUAGCAAAAGCUCCCGAUUUCAAAGCAAACGUGCGCUACUAGUAUGCAGCAGAAUUGUGUGCUUGUGACGCCGCAGUAACGAAAAUAGCCAGUCGUACAAGAUGUGAUCACCGUCCAUAUUGCCGGUGAAGCCUGCCAGCUACUGUGCUCGGAUAGCUUCGCCACUGGCAUAACGGGGAUGAAUUUAAUAUUUCAAAGUUUCAACAAUAAAGUGGUAUGCCAAUUUCUUGGCACUCUACUCUUUUCUCUAGACUGAGAGAAUGUUCUAAACGUAGUUAAAGGCAAAUACAAAGUGUCGACGCUUUCGCUCUCCUGGUGACUUGAUUGCAGUCGGUCAUGGCGAAUGUACGUGAAUGUGCGUUGCUAUAUUGUACUCCAAGUGGGAUACGCGAGUACGGCCAGAAAUAAAGUA